GCGCGCUUCGAUCAUCUCUUUGCUUUGCCCACGACGUGCACUCUGAGAAAUUCUAUGGACCGUGCUCUGAACGCAAGAGAUGUUGUUAAACAGUUGCGGCUGCCUGUAGGCGACAUCACUACGCUGCUUGCUCUGCUCAGCGGUCCGCUCGAUUGUUUGGGGUUGCUGCCUCCCUCAUUGAGAAAAUACAACGUUAAUCCUCUCUCCGACGACACCACCCAGGUACUUAGACAUAUACCUACCAUCCAGCAAACGAUUCUGCAGCACAUAUUCCCCACAUGGGAGGCAGCUCUCGCAAGAAACAGUCUGACGUCAAUCCUGGAACAGUACUUCUGUCCGGAUAGCUUCUCGUAUGCUCUGUCAUCAUCGGGGGAUGUUGUGCUUUUUGCCUAUUCGACCAUUUUGUCCAUAUCUUUAUCUGGUUAUUCUAUUCACCUUUUGGAACGUCUCACAACAGAGUAUCCAGUCGAUCGGUUAUAUAAAGCUAUCUUCUCCCGGGGUAGCAAUUCGAAGAAGGAUAUGCUAUGGGAAGACUGCAUACGCAAUUUUUCUGCUGUGCCAGCGAAAGUGGCCAACUUUGCUGGUACAGAUUCCAUUCCCUCCUCGCUGGCACAAGGAAAUUACUUUAACAACCUCUCUGUUCGCUGCGAAACUCUCAUUUUCUCGCUAGCCGUCAAUGGUAAGCAUGAAAAUGAUGUUUCAUCUAUUGUUUCUCUUCUCGCCAAGUCGGUGCAUAUCGGUCUGUUUCCUCCAAAUCUUCCAACAUUGCCAUCGCAAGCAUCCUUCUUUCAGGCAACACUACCAAUCAUCAGGAGUCGCCUCGAUGACAGUGCGAACGAGAGCUGCUACUCCAAGUUUUGGGCUGAGGUUUUCCUCGGAUUUCCAUCAGUCCUGACAUUGCGGACCGUAUUAACGUCGCUUUUCGCGUCGUUGAGAACUUUGGACUCACCGCUGGAUGGAAGUGCAUAUCAAAGGGCUUGGGUCAAAAGAGAGGCGUUGUUACUUGACCGAUUAGUUGGCCGAAUUUCCCUCGAUAAUAAGGAGCUUUGCGAGACUGCUAUUCCCAUCAUCCUCGGACGCAAUUGGGACGAAUCUUGCGCACGAAUUUUUGUCUGUUGGGUAGCGGGUCCACAGGAACGCGAUGCCGACGAUAAUGCCUUGGGUCAUUUUCUGCAAGAGAUUGUAAAUGUAUGGUCUUCACCUGAUCAUGUCAAGCAUUCCCUUCUCGCUCGGCACCAAUAUUUUACCGCUCUUCUGGUCUUCACAGUGUCAUACUUAAAGCGUAACUCUCCAGAAGUCUCCAGCCUAGCGCAGGGAGGAAACUUCAUUUCCGGCGUUAGUUUGUACAUCGGACACAUGGAUGCCUCAAUUCGCCGAUGUGGAAUGCUGGCUGCUGAAGUCGUUGCCCAUGCAUCCGGGAAGAAACUCAAUUUUGAAGACUGGGAGGGCACUGGUGAUGGAAAGCCAUGGACGAGAGCUCUUCGAGCCUUACUUUAUGAACGGGACGUGGACUCCAACAUUGUUGUUCUUGAGAAGGAACCCGUUCCAACAAAGAAGACAGAAGAGCCAGGUGAUGCCGCAUCGAUACGCAAGGCGUCACCCCAAUCUUCGAUGUUACGGAGCAAUGCAGGAGACUAUGACUCUGAUGACUCUUUGACCGGUUAUGCUUCCCCGGCCUCUUCGCGCUCUGUUUCUCCCACACCAUCUGAAUUAGAUAACAUCGAAAAGGACCCUACACUCAACGUGACUAAAAAGAAAAUUUCCAGACCCGUCUAUCUCGUUCAGCUUGGGGAACUGCUGCGAAGUAGCGGAGGGGUGCAACAAAGUGAUGCGGCUCUUGAAGCUGAUAGGAUCGAGUUGGCUCUUUCAUGCAGCGAAGAUCUCAUUCGGAGGAAACAGUUUUUUGGAACAGAGCUAGAGGAGAAUGCUGCCAAUCUGACAUAUGGUCUUAUUGCACUUCAUAAUAGUUACAACUUGGAAAAUUUCGACACACGCCGACAAAAUGCUCUUGUUGCUCUCGUCGCCUGCUGCCCACGGAAAACCACACCGUGCAUAAUUGAAGAGUUUUUCAAGAAUCAGUAUAAUGUCGGUCAACGAUAUGUCAUGCUCAAUGCUUUAGCACUUGGCGCAAGAGAGAUGAGCGGAUUGGCGCAUCCACCUCUACCCCAAUAUCCAAGCAAGCUUCUACCUGCAUCGCUUCACAGGAAGUACAUUACGGGCCGGGAUUUUGGAAUGACAUUGUUACCAGUCAUCAUGGAAGACCUUACUCGACAAGCCAUUCAAAGCGGCAAGGACAGUGCCCUAGCAAGUGCGCCCGCCGUGGUUCGCGAGCGACGGUUGCGCAUACAGAAACCGCAAAUGGUUGCCGAAGUCAGGAAACCUGAGCACUUGAAUGAAACAGUGCCACACAGUGCCGUUAAAUUUACAGAAGUCGCUGCAGAAUUCUUCGUAGGACCGCUGAUGAACCGAUUUUGGCUCUUCCUUCGAGACGAGCAAACGCGGGAAGAGCGAACUGCACAUCUGAAAGGAAGACAGGUGUAUUACGGUGCAGGAACGGGCCUCAUUCUCAAUUCUCUCGUGCUAAGCUAUUUUCUCAGUACGUUGGGCGUCUUGCUUCAUGCAUCAAGGAAUGCACCUGAGUGGUCUGCAGUCUUGGGGCCCGAUGCCCUGGAACUUGCAGUGAACAUCGGAACUCGGCCAGUUUCGCGAAUAGAAGACGAAGAAGAACUUGAUAGCGGCGAGGGAGCGAGGAACCAAGAGGGUGGUGGACCAAUGGGGAGGCAGGCAUCAGUUCUUCAAUCUUCAUUGGAAUUGACCCUUGUGAUACUCGAAGGUUAUCAGGAGCUGGAUGAAGGAAAAUCUCUGUGUUUAGAGCACACUGCACUCCUUUUUGGUGUGAUUGAGUGGGCAGGCGCCGUGUUUUCUCGACUCGACAAGGGGGAAAGGGUCAAAGGUGGUGGUGGUAGUUCCGAAACCGGUCUACAGCGAGCUGCUGCAGGAGUUGUUCUCAAGGCUGAUAUUAUUACCAGUAAAUGGCGUCGGUCAAUGAUAAGUAUGAU